AUGGCCGAGAUUUGCUGCGAGGAGACCAAGUCGACCCCGCCGGCGUCGGCUUCGGCCAUCACGGCGCUUGCCAGGCGCCGCCCCAGGGUGGAAAUGGCCGUGGCCGAGGCAUGCCGCUCCAGCACCACGCCGCCCGCGGACGAGGGUGGCGGUGCCAGUGACACGCCCACACGGUGCGGCAAGCGGCGGAGGGUGGCGUGCGCGGCGCCCGCGCGCUCGUGCCAGAGGCCCCGGACGACGGGGUACGGCUCGACUUGGUGGCCGAGGUACGGCGUCACCUCGGUCUGCGGCCUCCGUCGCGAGAUGGAGGAUGCCGUGUCCAUCAGGCCGGACUUCCUGCGCGGCGCCGCCGACCCCUCCUCCGGCAAGCACCAUUUCUACGGUGUCUUUGACGGUCACGGUUGCUGCCAUGUGGCCAGGAUGUGCCAAGACAGGAUGCACGCGCUUGUCGCGGACGAGUACAAGAAGGCGGGCUCUGGCAAGAGUGCCUCGGCAGCGGCGGAGCCCGCCUGGGAAGAGGUGAUGAAGAAGGGGUUCGCGCGGAUGGAUGAUGAAGCUGCGAGCCGGGCCGCGAGCCGCAGCAGCAACGGCGGCCUCGCCUGCCGCUGUGAGCUGCAGAAGCCCGCGCGGUGCGACCACGCGGGCUCAACCGCCGUCGUCGCGGUUGUCAGCCCCACCAGCGUAGUCGUCGCCAACGCCGGCGACUCCCGCGCUGUCCUUUCCCGCGCCGGCGUCCCCGUGCCCCUAUCGGUCGACCACAAACCUGACCGGCACGACGAGCUAGAGCGCAUCCAGGAGGCGGGUGGCCGCGUCAUCUACUGGGACGGCGCAAGAGUGCUUGGCGUCCUUGCCAUGUCUCGAGCCAUCGGUGAUGGCUACCUGAAGCCGUUCGUGACGGCGGAGCCGGAGGUGACGGUGACGGAGCGGACGGACGACGACGAGUGCCUGAUCCUGGCGAGCGACGGGCUGUGGGACGUGCUGACCAACGAGAUGGCGUGCGACGUCGUCCGGGCCUGCUUCCGUAGCAACGGCCCGCCGUCGCCGCCUGGCGCGCGGCCGAACGGCGUGCUCCCGUCCGCUGCCGGGGCAGGGGCAGGGCGGGAAGGAGACGGCGCCGCGGCGGUGAAGGGCGUGGACAAGGCCGACUCUGACAGGGCGUGCUCCGACGCGGCCCUGCUGCUUGCGAAGCUCGCGCUCGCACGCCGGAGCACGGAUAACGUCAGCGUUGUCGUCGUCGAUCUCCGGCGGAGGUGCUGA